AUGGCCGGCGCGCCUCCAGGGCACACGAUACCCUCGUACGCAGCCUCUCACGCGGGCUCACCGUCUCGACACAUGUCCCAAUACCCCUCCACCACCGUCACCACCACCACUACAUCCAGCAGUGCUCUCGUGAGCGGCACGCCCGCGCCCACAUCCACGCUCUCCAGUACGCUCCGGUACCCGUCGACGCGCAAGACGAUCUACGACCGCAACCUGAACCGGUCGCGCAACGCGGAACUGUCCCGGUCCAGCUUCGCGUACCUGUUCAUGGAGAUGGUGUCGUACGCGCACCGGCGGGUCAAAGGGAUCCAGGAUUUCGAAAAGAGACUGAACGAACAAGGGUACCCGCUCGGGCUGAAACUGUUGGAUCUGCUUCUAUACCGCGCCGGGCCCGGCGCCAGUUCGACGUCUCUGACCUCGUCUUCCUCGACCAGUUCCUCCGGCGGCGGCGCGGCCCACCGUCCGCUGCGCCUGCUUCCGCUGCUCACGCUGCUCACGACCAAACUGUAUCCUCUGCUCUUCUCGCGGCCGGCCGAUUCACUGGAGCAGUCGACGACCAACCCGGCCGAAUACAUGAUCAUCGACAACACGCCGUUGACGAACCAGUAUAUCUCCGUGCCCAAGGAGAUGAACCAGUUGAGCGUCGCGGCCUACAUUGCCGGGAUCAUCGAGGGGGUCUGUGACGGCGCCGGCUUCGAGUGUAAGGCCUCGGCGCAUAAUACGGGGACGGAUGUCUGGCCGAACAGGACCGUGUUUCUGAUCAGGUUCGAGGACCAUGUUUUGGAGCGGGAGAAGGAAUUGGAGAGGCAGGGGGUCAAGUGA